ACUCGUCGUUCUUGGCCGCGGCCGGCUCGCGCUCAUUCACUUCAGUCCACAGCCGACUACCGCGGCGAACGCACGCGACGAUUUACGCGCCUCCGAUGUUAGUUUACGAUUACGACAUCGCGUCGCAACACGGAAUUUCGCCGUGACAUUGAAUAUAACUAUUUCGAAUAUGGGUUAAACGACCCCGUAGACGAAAUGAGUCCGGGCGAGCGCGCCGCCUUAGGGCGCCGCGAAGCCCCUCGCCCUCACUAUGCGGCCACCGCACCGGGUUUCCCGCCACCGUACUAUCCGCCCUAUGGUGUGCCACAUCCUAAUGCAUGGCUAGGAGCACCCCUUAUAUCUAUGGCAGGACGUACACCGCCACCUCGUGAAAACCCUGUAUCUAAGCUUGCGAUGCAUACACAGGGCGCUCCACUCAUAAUUCAAAAUAGACAUGAUCGAAGAAAAUACACUACUAUACCUGAACAACGAAAUCAUCGGCCCGUGGGACAAACAGAAAAUUUUACGAAAGACAGAAUUGAUGUGUCUGAAAACAACAGGCCAAGAAAUCAACAUCAUCAACAACAUCAACAACAAACACGUCCAUCGCGCAGCGGCCGUAACAAUAACACGGAUGCAGUUAGCGUAGCGAGUGAUGAAAGUUCCGGAUCUACGAAUUCUGAAACAAUGCUACCGAGAAUCAUAAAACCGCGAAAGCGACGUAAAAAGGACCGAAAACCCAAUAAUAUGGUACCACAUGAAUUAACAUCUGCAGUAUUGGAUCUAGGCGACGUCGAACAUUGUGCAGUUACGAAUAUGGGGUCAACGGCACACGGUGUUUACGAGGAAUCUUAUUGCCGUGAUAUAUCGUUGCCCUAUCGUUUAGACGUAAAAGUGUUAGAUUACCCGGAUCCAGCGCCAGAGACUUAUAGAGUAUCUGCGUUGGGAGAAGCUUUGGAGGCUACGCGUUUUGGAUUAGUAGAGGCAGCUUCACCGUCAGAAUCUGCUGUUAGUUCAUGUCAGUGUCGUUAUUGUGAUCCUGUCGGACAGAUUUGGGAUGCUGAUUCAAUAGCCCAUUUAUUGGAUGAAAAUUCUAGUGUAGAUUUUGCCCCGACUAAAUUAGAAGAGUCGAUGAAAAUAGUUGGUCCAUUGGGCAGACGUGGCGCUGACACAAUGUUAAGACGAAGUUGGAGUGAUCCAUCGGCGCGAGUACCGGAAAGAAAAGUAAAUAAUAGCGAUACGAUGUCGGCUCCAAAUCUUUAUUCUUUAUUCCCACCGCCGAGAAGAACCAGUAUUCCGGAGCCUAGAUCGCCACUGGCUUUGGAAAUAUCGUCAGAGAUUGUUACUUCGAUGAACGGACACCGUGACUUGGAAAUUAAGUUAUUUUCGACCUCGCCCCCGGCCUCGACCUCCGAACGUCGUUCUUUCUUCGAUGAUAAAAGUGAAAGUGCCGUUAACGAUAGAUGUGCGAACACAAAUUCAAAGCAGAUAGCAAACAGUGCAGUGAGUAGUGAAAAGAUGGUGUCGAGUGCAAACAAUAUUCAAAAAAGUGGAAAUAUGGAUUCGGGAUGCAUAAAGGCACUACUAACUGGCGAUAAUUCGCGCAACAUUUGUGAUUUAGCCUUAGUUUCUGUCUGAGGUCGUCGAUGACCAUGUUUAUAAUAAUUAUAACAUUUGGAAGCGUAUGAUUACCAGUCCAGGGGCUUAACGCUCGCCAUUUGAGCUGGACUCAAAUUUUCAUAGCGAGGCAAACACGGAGCGUCUCAACGCGACCCUAUGAUAUUGAGAUCUCCGAAUCGGUUUCCUGUAGAUCCUAUAAUUAAUUUAUUUUUUAACCAUAGUUUAUGAAACUGAAAUGAAACUUUGUCUGGAAAUUUUAUAAUUUGUGAUUCGCCGUUAUGACUUAAUAUUGUCAUUCAUUAGUGGGAGAGAUGAAUCUGGGUGCGGUGUGUUAAGUUGAUACAGAGCGUGUUAAAUACCUAAAGGUUAUUAUGCCAGUAAAAAAUAAUUAAUGUUGCAAUAUUAUUAUAUUGUCCCAACUUGUGUGCAAUUAGCGUUUCACACUACUGACACGGUUGCGGAUGCGUGCUCGCUAUUGCGGUUUCCCGAGGUUUUCACCGCGCGCCGUUCCGGGUGGCGCCUCGUGCGCACCGGUUCAUAGCGUUAAUGACUUUUUUUUCCAUUUCUACUCGUGGCUCACUUUUACCAUAACCGUUUACUUUGACGACCUCCUGGUCUUGAAAACUAAUGGCCUUAAAUAUUAAACGUUUAAUUUAUAAUUUAAUACGCGUACGUUAAUACGUAAAUUAGCACUUAUAUUCGCUAUCAUAAUUUUUUCUACCAUUAGUAAGUUAUCUUCAUACGUUAAUGGUAUGAUAGCUCGAGAGGCAACAACUGUAUUAUAUUUUUUACUGCACAUAAUUGAAUAUUUAAUAUAACGGUAUUCAUACAUCACCGGUUACGUAGAUAUUUGAACAAUAUAUUUAAGUCAUUAUUUAGUUUGCUUAUAACUUUUAUUAGACUAGACUAUAAAAAAAUGAUAAUCAACUUUUAGCCUCUUAAAGCUUAAACCGUGAACAGUUACCGAUUUCAUCGUUGUAUAGUUUUUAUGGAAAUUUACAGUGAUAAAAAAUUGAGCCAUAUUUUUAGUUUCAAUAAGACGUCGUUUUUAUUUUGACAUUUAAUUAGUUACACGAAGACGCGCUGAUAAAAAUAACGAUAAUUUAUUUUUUUAACAUUCCGUUAUCAAUGUUUGUCGAACAAGCAACCAGUUCAUUAACAUUACAUUUCUGUUCAUAAAAACUUUAUACGUUCCUUAUCGUCUUUCUAGAGAAUUUGACGAAUUUCUCCUAAAUACGAGGAUUUCGGAACGUCAAGUACACACCAGAUCUCUAUAACGUCAACUGAACGAAUUUUCUCAUAAUACUUCUUCGUAUGAUAACAAGAAAUGUUAUUAGCGGCGAAUCAGUAAUGUUUUCUUUAAGUCUACGUGUAUUUCUUCGAGGAAGGGUCCAAUGGGUAUACCAGAUAAAGUUUCAUAAUGUAGAUAAUGUGAAUAUAAUUUAAGUUAUUCAUGGUUCGUACUUCGGUACACCGCUAUCGUUGGCUUUUACACACUAUGGGCUGUUUAGUAUAUUCUACGUUUUUAUUUUUGUGUUGUGUUAGCUUAUAUUGCUCGGCGCAUGCGUGGGGCGACAUGAUAAAUCGGUUCUUGCUUUAUUUUUCUCUAAGAUAGGCUCGACGUAGACGAGGAGUUAUUACAGUAUCUUAUCAACAGAAAAAUUCUGAUUUAAAGCGCAUUAGCGGGACUGUUGAUUGCGUUAUAUAUCAAGUUAUUAUCGCUAUUCAAAUGACGAACCGGUCGUAAUUAUAGUACGCGAGAUUCAUUGCUGCUAUCCAAAUGUAAAAGGGCGAAGGGUUAUUCAUUAUAUUGAUAAGAGAGAAAAAAAAACCUUAGAUAUAAAUCGAUUACAUUGUUCGACUGUAAAUAUUCAUCGUCAACGUCGGGUCGCUACUUGUGUUGGGAUCAAUAUACGAUGUGACAGCUGUAAAACUCAACGAUACACUUAAUAUUAAUGUAAACAAAUAUAGGCUAUGUCUAACUUACUGAGUGAAUGCAUUUUAUACAUAAAAUUAUAUAGGUUUAUUAUUUGUUUGUGUACGUCGUGAGGCACGAGUUACACGCUUGCACACUAUUUUUGUACAAUAAAAAACCAUCAUGCCCUGAUAA